UCGGUGAGUGUAGCGUACUGUCCCCAGCACGCGGCCGAGGCGGGCGCGGCGCGGCCGGCCGUCACGCCGCGACACAACGCGCUGCACCUGUCGCGGACCUCGCUCGCGGGAACUAGAGGCAGCCUGGCGAGCGCGGGCAAGCCGACCUCGUCUACGCUAGCGUCACUGGCGGGAUUACUCCGGGAGCACUCUCAUGAAAGGACCCUGGAGGAAGCUGCGUAUGCAAGCACACAAGACAACAGCUCGCCCCGCAGGCGUAGCGAGGAGCGAGCCAGUUCCGCGCCGCCGCGCCGUGAACGCAAUAUGCGCGCGCGAAACGCUGCCAAGGAACCCGCCCGACAGGCCAGUAGCAGCCGCAGCCGGGCGCGGCGCGAGCGCGCGGUGCCGGCUUCGUUCCGGCUGCUCGCCGCUUCUGACAACUUGCGCGCAGAAUCGCACGCCGACGACGCGCAGGGUUCAACUGGCAGUGGCUGGGAAGGCGCUUGGAGGGACCAGCCGAGGCGCGCGGCGAGUGCUAAGGUGUCGAGCGGGCGUGUCCCAAGCGCGGAAUCGUCGUUGGAAGACCUGGCACUAGCUCCAAGCGGAUUGGACCUAUCGCUGCCUGACUGCAAGAUCAUCGCCAACAGGAACGCCAGGCAAGACAGAGACUUUAAAAGAUACUUCAUAAACGAGGGCACAUCGAAAGACCUAUCGAAGCUCAGCAAAGAGAUACGUCACGAGCGCGAGAGCUACCGAGAGCUCACCGGUCGAUACAUCGAGAAGCCCGAAUCGAUACCGUUGAAAGAGACUCACUACUCGGACUUGUCCCACAAGGAGUCCGUCCUGAAGAAGGACUCGAAAAAGGACUCAAAAACUAAAGAGAUAAAGACAAAGAUCAAGCGCUCGGAUUCGGGGAAGAGUGAGUUGAAGAUAAACGUCAGUGUGGGGAGUAAAGUGUUGAUAACGGAGCCUUUGGGAGUGUACGAUUGUAUCAACUUGGGGAGGAGGAUUGACGUGCAGUGGCCCUCUGAAUACCAGAGGGAAAGGGGCGGGAGGAACUUCUGGGGCAGCUGGGUGCCUCUAGCUGGGAUGGAUGGACUGGUGGUGCACAAAUGGAUUCCAAACCACAGGGACCCCAAACUCCGCUCCCACGUAGACAAAAGCAUCUUGCUCAUAGAAAUUGAUGACAAAUUCGUUCCUAUCGCGGAAAACUGUGUGCAAGACCUCGGCGACGAAGUUUAAACUUUAUAGCAUUGACUUAAGCUCUAUUAUAGCUUAUCGGUCUUGAAGUUAGACUUAAGGAUUGGACUGUACCUCGACUCCUGUAUCGUUAACGCGAAGAUCUCCAAAACAAACCUUAGGUUAAACUAUCCAUCUGAUUCUCAUUGUAAUAUACUAAAAUAUUAUGUUCCUAUCACUGAGAAAUUAAUUUAUUGACUCAAGAGGCAAUGAAAUCUGACAGUUCCUGAUGAAAUUUACAUCCUCUGUCACAAUUCACAGAUCAGUUCCACAAAAUAUGUCAUCAACCCAACCUUUUAUGUUAUAAAUAGUAAAUAAUAACUUGAACGUGAGCUAAAUACUCAUAAAAAUGACAAGAAAUAUGUACCCCUGUUAAUAAAAAGGGGUAACGUAUGCAAAAUCAAACCAAACGCGAACGAGAUUAGGUUGAGUUCGCUAGUAUCGAAUUUAAAAGCGUAAUUGUGUAAGUGUCGGUGUAUAUUUUGGCUAUUUGUACUAGUUUACAAUCUUACGAAAACUACGAUAGAUUCUGAACCAAUAUUAGAUAUACUUAAACAUAAAAUUAAGCACCUUAGUAAAUACUUUCUGUUUAAUAAACUGUUCUAAUAGCCACCAAUAGAAUAAAGUUACGAAUUUCAAGUUUAUUCAGCCGAUUUGAAGUUUAAAUAAGUUCAUUCCGUUUCUCGUAAGUUCUAAACUAGUAACGAGGGUAGGAAAUUAGGAAUAGCGGACAGUGUGUUCUAAAUUAUCUAGACACAAAUCUUUAGAACUUGUGUGAUUUAGAACUGCCUGAUUUUUAUAUUUUUUUAUAUUUCUUUGAAGUUCCUCUCUUUAGUUAUAGUAAUAUGGGAACUAUGAAUUGUAACCAAUGUCUUAAAAGUUUAACUACAUAAGCUAUGAAGUGUUACACGCGUAGACACUGUUUAAAUAAAUUGUGCCAAGACCAAAGGUACUAUUGAUCCCAAAUGUGUCACAAACUAUUGUUACGAAAUAUUUCAUUUUAAUUUAAAAUACAAUCAUACGCAGGUACAAUGGGUUAAAAAUAAGCUUUAUAAUCUUUAAAAAAAUGAAAUGUACGUCAUUGAUAAAAUUUAAGUACAUUUUGUGCGUGUAUAAAGUAUUUAUACAUAAUAAUAAAUUGUAAUAUAAAUUUCCUUGUAACCAAAACCUGAUUUAUGUUACAGUAUAGUUUGCAUAAACCCAAAUCCACGAUGUAUAUACAUAAGAGUAAACGCUUUGUUGUGUGUGAGUAGCUUUAUGGUAGACAGGUUCGUUCGCUGUGUAAAUAUAAUUGUAUAUAAUGUAAAAUAAUAUGUAAACAUUUGUAUAUUUAUCUCUUAAUAUAUAAAAAAACGUGUAUACAUUAUUAUGAUAAGAAGAGUACUCUUUUUAUUUUUGUUAUGUUUUUCUUCACUAAAUUUAAGUAAAAAUUACCCCAAAAAAAUCUUAGUCUUUCUUCGACACCAAAUGAAUCUUUUAUUAUGAAAUAUGUAUUAGGUGUUCUCUUUUAAGCUGAGUACACAUUCGGUCGCCGCCUGACGUAGUCUGGGACAUAAAGCAUCAUAAAAAAUGCCUUUGCAUUUUAACACAGAAGUGUGUACGAGGCUUAAUUACUUUUUAAUUAAUAAUGACUGUUGUUUGUUAAAUAUGUAUACUUGUGAUGCAUUUUUAUAUCUAUGUAUUGUUUAUGAUCGAAGGUAAUGUGAAAUUAUGGCACGUUGAGUUUUAUAAAUUUAAGGGGAUUUAAAUUAUUAAAUAAUGUUAUUGUACAGUCGGAGCGCGCGCAACACUAGUUGUAUAUCUAAUUAUUAUAAGCACAUAUCGCAGAUAUUAUCAUACUAAAUUGGAAUGUGCUAAUUCAUUAGUAACGUAAACUGAAUCAAAAAGAAAUCAUAAUUUUGUGGAAAUCGGUCUUGAGUUUCAAUAUUUAAUAUUAAAAUUAUUUAUAUCGUGACUCAAAUGCGGUAUUUAUUCGCGAGUGUGCUUGUAAUAAGCUUGAUUGAAAACGAUUUUCUUUCUAAAGUUAUUAACGUUUGAGACCUUCCCCGUCAUGUUGAAAUGUUUACAUUAUUAUUAUGUAUGCAAUGCACAUUCUAUCCUGCGGCGAGUUGAUAGUACUAGUUUUUAAAUCUUUUGACAAAUCUUUUCCACUAAAAGAAUCUUGUUACCUAUUUCAAAACAUUUAAGCAUUAUAACGAUCUAAAUUUAAAUCACGAUCUCUUUUUAAUAUUUUUUGAAGAUACAAUCGAUACUUAAACUAGUAUUUUCACUCGCUUUAGUAUCCUUCGCAUUUGCUAUCUAAGUGUACAAUUUACAUACCAAUAAGUUAAUUACAAAAAUAGUCUUACUUAUAUUAUAAAAAUGUUAAAGAAACUGCUUGUUUUACGAUGACAUUUUAACUUCUAUGGAAUUUAAUCUUCCUUUCACUGGUAGCAAAUGCGAACGGACCACAAAAAUGAGUAUAUAUUCUCAAGUUGCCUUAAUAUAUUUUAGACUGAUUUUUUAUAAUCGUGAGCGUAUCUAAGCCCAUAUUAUAUAUGAAUAGAUAAUUGUUAAGAUAUAGUAUUGCGCUCUUGAAUUUAAUUAUUUAAAAUAUAAGAACAUCGCAAUGUACUUAUGCUCCACUUAAAGGCGGUUUACACUAUAGAGUCCACCGAAUCAUACGUGGCGAUCACCUAUAAUGUUCUUGCAUUCGAUUCUCUAUCAAUGUGUACUAUAGUUAUUAUUUCUAAGGAACACUAUUCCUUGAAACUUAUGAAGUUACAUGUCAAUUUCGUUCGAAUUUUCUUUACCUCACUUGUGUUUCGCUCGUAAUACAAUACGUUAUAAUAUUGUGUCGUGUGUCAAUGGAUGAACGGUAUGCAGUUGAUGUCUUAAAAAUAUUAACAAAGUAGAUUUUAAAUGAUAGGAAGCACAAUCCGUCCACAGAGAUGUGUUUUCUGCAUAUGCAAACAUGACAUUCGACUUGAUUUGAGUUUUAUGAGAUGUACACAAACAAAAUAUGUACCUUAUAACACUUCAAAAACGAAUUUAUUGCAUUAUUUGUUAGGGCAUAUGCAGAUUAAAAACGUCAGAGUUCCAUUAGGCAUUGAGUGAAAACCGCCGAAUAUAACUGUUGAAUUGUGUUAUUAUGAAUAUCAAAAUAAAUA